GGGGGAGUGAGCAUGCGCAGCAGCUCCGGGGAGGGCGGGGGAGGUGGGGACCCGUGCGCGCGCGCACGAUCGGCCCGGGGCGACCGCGGGUGGAGGGGGCGGUUCCUCGAGUGUCGGCGGCAGGAGGGUUGGCAGGCUGGCGGCAGGUGCUGCCGCGGCCGGCGCCGCCGCCGCCUCCUCCUAGUCCCGGGUCUGCUCGUCCUCUCGCGGUGAUGAGCUGAGCCCCGUCGGGGGCUGCACCUGCCGGCUGCCCAUCACCCCGGACCUCCCGGCGUGACCUCGGCCUCCUCGCGUGCCCGGCCCCCGCGGCGCCGAGCUGCCCCUGAGAGGGAGCGGCAGCGGCCUCCUCCGACCCGAGUCCUCGCUCGGGGGCCGCGCGGGGAGAGCGCCCGGCCCCCUCCCCUCCCCAGUCCGCCGUCCUCGAUGUCUCCCCGGCGGGGAGGGGGCUGCCUGGGAGACGCGCGGAGCGGCACCCCCCGGAGGCCCGUCGGUGGCAGCAGCAGCGACCAGCCCGGCGACCCGAAGCCUCCCCCUGCGGCGGCGGCGGCCUGGAGGAGCCGCGCACCCGCCGCCGUCCCCGGAGCCUCGCAGCCGCCGCCGCCCGGCGCCGGAGGAGAGGGCGGCGGGCGCCCCCCAGGGAAGAUGAAGGCGGAGGGGGGCGACCACUCCAUGAUCAACCUGUCGGUGCAGCAGGUCCUGAGCCUCUGGGCCCAUGGGACGGUGCUGAGGAACCUUACGGAGAUGUGGUACUGGAUCUUCCUCUGGGCUCUCUUCUCCUCUCUGUUUGUCCACGGUGCUGCAGGAGUGUUGAUGUUCGUGAUGCUACAGAGGCAUCGGCAGGGGAGAGUAAUCUCUGUCAUUGCAGUCAGCAUCGGCUUUCUGGCUUCCGUGACUGGAGCAAUGAUUACUAGUGCAGCAGUCGCCGGCAUUUACCGAGUGGCAGGGAAGAACAUGGCCCCCUUGGAAGCACUGGUGUGGGGUGUUGGACAGACCGUACUGACGUUAAUCAUCUCCUUUUCCAGGAUUCUCGCCACACUCUGAGGUUUCUGUGGGCAUGUCUUACUUCACAUAAGGAAGCAGAUGUACAGAUCCUCUGAAAAUGGCAUUGUUAGCAAGUGGGAAUGAAAUUGUACAAGGAUGUGGAAGGAGCAGGUCAAAACAUAAGGCCUUGAGCUGUGUGGGAAGAUUGCCCUCUGGUGUUCAAGUGAUUGCACUACCGCACUGCACCUUACGUGCCUCCGUCCCAGGCAAGGCGCACGACACUACGUGAAGCUACAAGAAAAAGCACCUUGUUUAGCUGCCAAUCAGGUUACCACUGGCGUUGAAUCACCGUUCUUAACAGUGUUGUGUUAAGUUACAGGGACGUUUUGAAGAAUUGACAUAUGUGCCAAACUCUUUUCUUUUUUUAACAUUGAUCACGUGAAAUUUGCAAGUGUAGAUGUAGAUGAGUGCUGUGAACGUAUUUGACAUGAAUUCAGGUGGUGUAGUGAGAUUUUUGUUUCGUAAUGCUAAAUCCCGUAUGAGUGCUGAAUACCGAAUCAUUUAAUAUGAGACAAAUUAUUUGAUUUUUAAUGCUGAACGUUUCUGGGAUUUAGGGCUUUCAUAUAAAUUAGGCAUUAUUGUUACUUACUUUACGUGAAAAAUAAUACUUAAUGGAAAACUGCUGAACUCUUUUAAGGACUCAAAGUAGAUCUAUAGGGUGCAUCCUUUUCACUCACUUAAGUAACACUCCUUUACUAGUUUCCCUCAUACAUAAACGUCCUAUUGAUAUGAAUUAAAACACUUUAUGGGUCAUACACAUUGAUUGUAGCUUGUGUGUCACAAAAGUGUAAUUUGAAAAUUUUCUUAUAAAUUUUGUAAGAAAUCUGAAAUGCACGUUGCAUUCUUGACCCUUCUAAAGAAAGUUUUUGCCAUGUAUCUCAUGGAGAAAACAUCUUUACAACUAGUAUCUCAGUGGGAUUAUAUUACUUGUUGCAUAUAUCUUGAUUUUUGACAAAACAUAAGCAGUCUUUCAUUCUGGAGUAUUAACUGUAUUUAAAGAGUGGCCUAAAUUAGGCUAUGAAAACAAGAAGCCUCAUUUGUAGAUAAGAAACAUAGAGGAAGAGUAAUAAACUAUCUUACUUUGGGUAUGUGGUAGCAUCAUAAUUUCUCUAAGUAAAAAUUGGGGAAUAUAGUAAAUAAUUAUAAAAUUUGGCAACAAAUCUCAGCAUAUCAAUACAGUAUUGAAUGCAUAUUUGAGUUAUUCAUUUCAGUUGUUCAGCUCUUGUUUUAUGCUGUUAUGUAAGUUUACUAGAAGCUGGGAUGACAUUUAUUAGAAUGAAAAAAUCCUUAGAGGUUUUAAGAGGUUUUGGCAAUAUGUAAUUGUAUUUAAGAGUACAAGAAGUAAGGGCAACACAAAACCUGGUGGAGUUUGUCUCCUACUGAGAUUUUUUUAAUACCAGGUACAAUUAUAUAUAUGCUAACUCAAAGGAAGAGCCAACUGCAGAAAAUAUGAAGUUAAGGACAAUCCAAAAAAUAAUCUGCAUACUCUAGCCUCACUGUUUUAUAAUCUAAUUUGGAAAAACAUAAGUUUCUAUUAGGUUCCA